AUGGAAGUUCUUCUCAUAGGCUUUAUACGUCCAAUGGUCGCCUUUGCUGACUUAGAAGGAUUGCGAGCUGCCAUUAACUCCGAUAUUGCCACAGCACGAAAUGCAUUGGAAAGUGCCGAUAUACCAUCACUUAUGUCACAGUUCUUUCCGUAA